UCCAAUUACCCCCAGCUGCCCAGUGGGUACUCCCAAAGUGCUGCUAGUAUAGAUAUUAUAGGUGCGGAUGUCACCAUGGCAUCCUUAUCUGCAGCCAGUCAUCAGCAGACCUUCAUGCCAAUGAAAGCGACCCUAUCUUCUAGCAUCUGCCUUCCAACUUAUGUCGCGCUCUAGGAUUUUCACUAGUGUUGCAAGUUACUAAUGGUCAUUAAUCAUGUCUUGCUGAAAUGCCAGGCCGCAUAACUGCGGCUGUUUGCAUCGGCGUCUGAAAUGGAUUCGGCUACACCUACCAACGCCGCUACCCUCAAGAAGCUCCGAGACCUCUUGCCUCUGAAUACGGACAGACCUCUGCGCUGCAGCAAACGACAUGGGCUGCUGAUCAAGAACCACUUUGAAAUAGUAGAGAAGCCACCAAAGUGAAUCGCCAUACAGUGCAGAUGCUCACCAGGAAAGAGGAUGUACGGGAUUUAGGUAGUUCUUCUGAGAUUUUGACCCAGGUGAACCCGCAGGUAAACCCGCAGGAGAGUCUCGCAAUAUUCCGUAUUAAGAGUCUGUUUUUGCAGGGUAUGGGAAAGACGGAGGGCAAGUCAGCGGUAUACUAAGCUAUGAUUGGAGACGGCAUUGGGAAUUCCAACGGUGAUUUGACACCUGAUACUAUAUCACCUGGAGAGAUAGGCGGUCUAAGGGAGGUUCACAGGCUGCCGAAUAUGUCUCAGUUGUACAAAAAGCCGAGCAUUCAGCGAGCCACCUACCUAUCUUACUCAGAAUCCGCUUCGCCGAACGACAAUCUAAGCAACAAGCAGCAACAACAACAAAACAAGGAACACACGGAGCUACUACCCAGCGAAUCACCACCAACAGCCUCAACUAAGCCCAACCUAAAGAAUAGAGUUAACCACAAGGUUAAAAGUCCAAGGCUUGGAAGGUACCCUACCGUCCCAAACCCAGCUAACCGGAGACACUUCAAGAAAGCGCCCAUAAGAGUUAAGGAGUAAAUUUAACUAUCAAAAAUGUAACCCUCCUCUCCCUCUCACGAUUGAAACGCGUUAUGACCGUCAAAUUAAACAUAAAACCAUAACCGCAGAGCUAAUCCUACGGACAUCACCGAGUAGAAGCAGAUCCAACUAACAAAACAGGCACGCCUUAGACCAAGACUAUGUCCCAUGGUUCAAUGAACCAGGUCCAGGGGUUACCAAACAUAGAAUGAAAG